CAUGGGCGCCGACGCGCGGCCUUCGGGGGUCCGCGCCGGCGGUGGCGGCCGGGGCGCGGCAGGGCCCAAGACGAGCUCCCGCGCUCUGCAGCCACCGCUCCCGCCUCUCUCCUUCCUCUUUUUGUUGUUGGUGGCGGCGCCCAGCGCUCGGGCCGCGGGAUACGAGACAUGCCCCGUGGUGCAUCCGGACAUGCUCAACGUGCACCUGGUGGCCCACACGCAUGACGAUGUGGGCUGGCUCAAGACUGUGGACCAGUACUUUUAUGGCAUCCAGAACGACGUCCAGCACGCGGGGGUCCAGUACAUUCUAGACUCAGUCAUCUCUUCCCUGCUGGUGGAGCCCACCCGCCGAUUCAUCUAUGUGGAGAUUGCCUUCUUCUCCCGUUGGUGGCACCAGCAGACAAAUGCAACACAGGAAGUUGUGCGGGAGCUGGUACGCCAGGGACGCCUGGAGUUUGCCAACGGUGGCUGGGUGAUGAACGAUGAGGCAGCCACCCACUACGGAGCCAUCAUAGACCAGAUGACACUUGGGUUGCGCUUCCUGGAAAACACGUUUGGCAAAGAUGGGCGCCCCCGUGUGGCCUGGCACAUUGACCCCUUCGGUCACUCUCGGGAGCAGGCCUCGCUGUUUGCACAGAUGGGCUUUGACGGUUUCUUCUUCGGGCGUCUGGAUUAUCAAGAUAAGAGCCUGCGGAAGGAGAAGCAGGAGAUGGAGCAGGUUUGGCGGGCUAGCGCCAGCCUGAAGCCCCCAGCAGCUGACCUCUUUACCAGUGUGCUCCCCAAUAUGUACAACCCACCCGAGAAACUGUGCUGGGACACGCUGUGCGCUGACAAGCCCUUUGUGGAGGACCCGCGCAGCCCCGAGUACAAUGCGAAGGAGUUGGUCGAUUACUUCCUACAGUUGGCCACUGCCCAGGGCCAGUACUACCGCACCAAUCACACCAUAAUGACCAUGGGCUCAGACUUCCAGUAUGAGAAUGCCAACAUGUGGUUCAAGAACCUUGACCGGCUCAUCCAGCUGGUCAACGCCCAGCAGGCCAACGGGAGCCGCGUCCAUGUUCUCUACUCCACUCCCGCCUGUUACCUCCGGGAGCUGAACAAGGCCAACCUCACCUGGUCUGUAAAGCAGGAUGACUUCUUUCCCUACGCCGACGGCCCCUACAAGUUCUGGACUGGCUACUUUUCCAGCCGGCCGGCCCUCAAACGCUACGAGCGCCUCAGCUACAACUUUCUGCAGGUGUGCAACCAGCUGGAGGCACUGGCGGGUCCAGCGGCCAACGUGGGACCCUAUGGCUCAGGAGACAGUGCACCCCUCAAUGAGGCGAUGGCGGUGCUCCAGCAUCACGACGCGGUCAGCGGCACCUCCCGGCAGCACGUGGCCAAUGACUACGCGCGCCAGCUGGCGGCAGGCUGGGGGCCCUGCGAGGUUCUCCUGAGCAAUGCGCUGGCGCGGCUCAGCGGCUCCAAGGAGGACUUCACUUACUGCCGCAACCUCAACAUCAGUGUCUGUCCGCUCAGCCAGACUUCGAAGAGCUUCCAAGUGAUCAUUUAUAACCCCUUGGGGCGGAAAGUGGAUUGGAUGGUGCGGCUGCCAGUCAGCGAACACUUUUUCGACGUGAGGGACCCGAAUGGCACAGUUGUGCCCAGCGACGUGGUGAUAAAUCCUAGUUCAGACAAUUCGGAGCUGCUAUUCUUGGCCUCAGUGCCUGCCCUGGGCUUCAGCGUCUACUCAGUAACCCAGGUGCCUGGCCGAAGCCUCCACGCCCACAACCGCCACCCCAGAUCCCAGAAGUCCUGGUCGCGUGACUUGGCCAUCCAGAAUGAGCACCUCCGGGCUAGGUUUGACCCUGACACGGGACUCUUGGUGGAAUUGGAGAACCUGGACCAGAACCUCCUGCUGCCUGUUCGCCAGGCCUUCUACUGGUACAACGCCAGCGUAGGCAACAGCCUCAGCAGCCAGGCCUCAGGCGCCUACAUCUUCAGACCCGACCGCCAGAAACCGUUGAUCGUGAGCCACUGGGCUCAAACGCGCGUGGUGAAGACCCCCUUGGUGCAGGAGGUGCACCAGAACUUCUCAGCCUGGUGUUCCCAGGUGGUUCGCCUGUACCCAGGCCAGCGGCACCUGGAGCUGGAGUGGACAGUGGGACCAAUACCUGUGGGUGACGGCUGGGGGAAGGAGGUCAUCAGUCGCUUCGACACUGUGCUGGAGACGAAAGGACUCUUCUACACAGACAGCAACGGCCGGGAGAUCCUGGAGAGGAGGCGGGAUUAUCGACCGACCUGGAAGCUGAACCAGACUGAGCCAGUGGCUGGAAACUACUAUCCAGUCAACAGCCGCAUUUACAUCAGGGAUGGCAAGACGCAGCUGACCGUGCUGACUGACCGCUCCCAGGGGGGCAGCAGCCUGAAGGAUGGCUCUGUAGAGCUCAUGGUGCACCGAAGGCUUCUGAAAGACGACGGACGCGGCGUAGGGGAGCCGCUGCUGGAGGGCGGGCUGGGGCUGUGGGUGCGAGGGCGCCAUCUCGUGCUGCUCGACAAGGUUUCGGCCGCUGCCACCAGGCACCGGUUGCAGGCAGAGAAGGAGCUGCUGGCCCCGCAGCUGGUGCUGGCCCCCGGUGGCGGCGCCCCUUACCACCUGGGAGUCGCCCCACUCAAGCAGUUCUCAGGGCUCCGCCGGGAGCUGCCUCCCUCCGUACAUCUGCUCACGCUGGCCCGCUGGGACAGGACAUCGCUGCUGCUGCGCUUGGAACACCAGUUCGCUGUAGGGGAGGGCUCUGGCAACUUGAGCUCCCCGGUGACCGUGGAUUUGAAGGACCUGUUCUCCGCCUUCACCAUCACAGACCUACAGGAGACCACGCUGGCGGCCAACCAGCUCCGGGCUGGGGCCUCCAGGCUCAAGUGGACACCAGCCACAGGCCCCGCGCCCCAGCCCUCUCCCCCUCGGCUGGACCCCGCUGCCAUCACGCUGCAGCCCAUGGAGAUCCGCACCUUCCUGGCCUUGGUGCAGUGGAAGGAGCUCGGCUAGACAGGCUGGGGGCAGGCAAACUCGCGCGCUCUUCCUCCUGCUGCUGCUGCCACUAACAAAAGCCAUUAAAAUGCCACUACCAAGA